GGCGUGGCCUACCGCCAUGCCUGUCGCCCGUGGCCCGGCCCGGCUGCUCUUCGCGGGAGUUCCGCGGCGACACCGGGUCUCAGGUCCCGACUCCCGCCUCACCGAGAGCCUCCGUCUCUUCCAGCAGCUGCGAGCGGAGCAAGAGCAGCGGAAUGGAGCCGGUACUGGGACCGGUCCCCCGCCGGGGGCUCCCAUCUGCAUCACCCUGCCUGGGGGCAGCCGCCUGCCCGGCCGGGCCCUGCAGACUACCCCUUUCCAGGUGGCCACGGAGCUGGGUGGUGGCCUGGCAGAGGCAGCUCUGGUGGCCCGGGUGAACGGGACCCUCCAGGACCUCGACCAGCCCCUGGCGAGCGACGCCAGCCUGGAGCUCCUCGACUUCUCCACGCCGGAGGGGCGGGCGGCUUUCUGGCGGUCGGGCGCCUGCGUGCUGGGCGCGGUGGCCGAGCGGUUCUUCAGGGCCACCUUCUGCGGCGCCCAGGCCACCGAGGAUGGCUUCUUCUGCGACCUCCACAUGGGGGACAGGACGGUGCAGCGCAGCGAGCUGCCGGCGCUGGAGGACGCCUGUGCCGCCUUCGCCCGCGCCAGGCACCGCUUCGAGCGUCUGGAGGCCACCCGCCGGCAGCUCCGUGAGCUCUUCCAGCACAACAGCUUCCAGCUGCAGCAGAUUGAGGAGGAGGUGACGUCCCCAACAGCCAGUGUCUACAGGUGCGGCCCCCUGCUCCACAUCUGCCCAGGACCCCUGCUCCGGCACACAGGGCUCAUCUCCGCUCUCCGCGUCCUGACGGGGCCAGGGGCGCUGCAGCAGGGGCUGGGGGCGCAGCAGUGGCUGCAGCGGGUGGCUGCCGUCGCCUUCCCCAGCGCCCAGCUGUUGGCAGCCUGGCAGCAGGCGCAGGACGAGGCCGCGCUGCGGGACCACCGGCGCAUCGGGCGGGAGCAGGAGCUUUUCUUCUUCCACAAGCUCAGCCCUGGCAGCUGCUUCUUCCUGCCCCGCGGUGCCCACAUCUACAACACCCUGGUUGAGUUCAUCAGGAGCGAGUACCGGGCCAGGGGCUUCUCAGAGGUGGUGACCCCCAACCUCUUCAGCCCUGAGCUGUGGGAGCAGUCAGGGCACUGGCAGCACUACAGCGCCAACAUGUUCACCUUCACCGCCGGCACCGAGACCCUCUCCCUCAAACCCAUGAACUGCCCAGCCCACUGCCUGAUGUUCGCCCACCGGCCGCGCUCCUGGCGGGAGCUGCCCCUGCGCCUGGCCGACUUCGGCGUCCUGCACCGCCACGAGCCCCCAGGCAGCCUGGCAGGGCUCACCCGGGUCCGGCGCUUCCAGCAGGACGAUGCCCACAUCUUCUGCACCAUGGAGCAGCUGGAGGCCGAGAUCGAUGCCUGCCUGGACUUCAUCCGCUCUGUUUACUCCGUCCUGGGCUUCUCCUUCCGCCUGGCGCUGGCCACUCGCCCCCCUGGCUUCCUGGGGGACCCUGAGGCCUGGGACCGUGCUGAGCAGCAGCUGGAACGGAGCCUUCGCACCUUUGGCCAGCCCUGGGAGCUGGCUCCAGCUGAUGGAGCCUUUUAUGGCCCCAAGAUUGACAUCCGGAUCCGGGACGCGCUGGGCAGGCAGCACCAGUGUGGCACCAUCCAGCUGGACUUCCAGAUGCCAGAGAGGUUUGAGCUGGAGUAUGCCAGCGCGGCAGGGGCGGCGGCGCGGCCGGUGCUGAUCCACCGCGCGGUGCUGGGCUCCGUCGAGCGCAUGGUCGCUGUGCUGGCCGAGAGCUGCGGCGGCCGCUGGCCCUUCUGGCUGUCCCCGCUGCAGGCUGUGGUCAUCCCCCAGGCACCGGAGGUGGAGGAUUAUGCCCGGGAGGUGCAGGCUGUGCUGCAGGGGGAGGGCAUCCUGGCAGACCUGGAUGGGGACGUGGGAGCCACCCUGGCCAGGAAGAUCCGCAGGGCACAGCUCGCCCACUACAACUUCCAGCUGGUGGUGGGGCCGCGGGAGCGCGCGCGCGGCACCGUCAGCGUCCGCACGAGGCAGAACCGGCGGCUGGGGGAGGUGGAGCUGCGGAGGCUGCUGCGGAGGCUGCGGGAGCUGCGCGACGGCCGCGUCCCCGACGCCGAGGAGAGCUUCUGACCACCCCCCCACACCCCCUCCCCGGACACC